UUUACUUUUAAUUGAAAAGUAGACAGUGGGUUGUAAAAUGCAACACAGAAGAUCAAACUUUGUUUCAAAAAGGCUAACAAAAGAGGGGCGAUCAAGCGACGGGGAUGUUGGGAGUCCGGCGGCCCAGUGAGCUCAGCCAGGCUACCAACAAACGCACGGACGAGCGGCACCAAUGUUCUGACGACAAAACUUGUUUCCCCCCCCCUUCACACCUUUUUUGUUGACUUGUCUCUCAAGAGGAGCAACAGCUGGAGGGAGGACUUUUAUUUUGAAAGGUGUGCGCACACAACAAAAAACAUCCAAAAAAAGAUGUAACGGCUCGUGCGCGCCCCAUGUACUUCCCUCCCCUUCAUCUUCAUCACAUCGGCUGGAUGUAAAGGACGAACUUCCUCCUCACGCGCACACGCGUGCACCAAGCGGGCGAUGUGAAGAACGAGAAAACGGGCACACUUUUGUUUGAAACACUUCACACCUGGUACUCUGGGCCAGUCAGCAGCAGGAUCAGGAUGAGAAGAUGGCUGGCUGUGUGUUUCCAAUGGGACCAGAGAGCUUUCAGCGCUUCACGCCGGACUCCCUGGCGGCCAUCGAACAGCGCAUCGCCAAGGAGGAGGCCCGACGCAACAAACACUACCAGGAGGACCUUGGCGACGUGGAGGUCCCUCGGCCCCGGCCCGACCUGGAGGCGGGAAAACAGCUGCCGCGCAUCUUUGCCGACAUCCCUUCUCACCUGGUGGGUGUCCCCCUGGAGGACAUCGACCCGUACUACUUCAGAGAUCAGAGGACCUUCAUAGUGCUGAACAAAGGCAAAGCCAUCUUUCGCUUCAGUGCCACAUCUGCCCUCUACUUCUUCAGCCCCUUCCAUCCUAUACGCACCCUGGCCAUCAAGAUCCUGGUCCACUCGUUGUUCAGUUUGUUCAUCAUGUGCACCAUACUGACCAACUGCUGCUUCAUGGCCAUGUCAGAACCCGCCUACUGGGCCAAAUAUCUGGAGUACACCUUCACAGGUAUCUACACCUUUGAGUCUCUCAUUAAGAUCUUGGCGAGGGGCUUCUGUGUGGGACCCUUCACCUUUCUGAGGGACCCCUGGAACUGGCUUGACUUCAGCGUCAUCGUCAUGGCAUAUGUGACUGAGUUUGUCGACCUGGGUAAUGUCUCGGCCUUGCGGACGUUCAGGGUGCUGCGAGCGCUCAAAACCAUCUCAGUCAUCCCAGGCCUGAAGACUAUCGUGGGUGCACUGAUCCAGUCGGUAAAGAAGCUGGCUGACGUGAUGAUCCUCACUGUCUUCUGCCUGAGCGUCUUUGCCCUCAUCGGCCUGCAGCUCUUCAUGGGGAACCUUCGCCAGAAGUGUGUGCGCAGCACGGCACACUGCGUCAACGACAGCCUGCCCGCCAACGCUUCCUUCUUCUGCAACAACAAGACGUGGACCUCCAUGCGCCACUUUGUCAGCGACGAGGACAACUUCUACAAGGUGGAAGGAGCAAAGGAUGCUUUAAUCUGCGGGAACAGCAGUGACGCAGGAAAGUGUCCAGAUGGUUUUGAGUGCCUGAAGGCGGGACGGAACCCCAACUAUGGCUACACCAGUUUUGACACUUUUGGCUGGGCUUUCCUCUCACUGUUCCGCCUGAUGACACAAGACUACUGGGAGAACCUCUACCACCAGACGCUGCGCUCAGCCGGUAAGACCUACAUGGUGUUCUUUGUGGUGGUCAUCUUCCUGGGCUCCUUCUAUCUGGUCAACCUCAUCCUGGCUGUGGUCGCCAUGGCGUACGAGGAGCAGAACCAGGCCACCAUUGCCGAGGCCUGCCAGAAGGAGCGCGAGUUCCAGCUUGCAGUGGAGCGUCUGAAGAAAGAGCAACAGGUGGCGGCGCAGAAAGCCCUCGACGCGGACUCCAUCAUGUCACCAGAAGUGUCACCCUUUGGACCCCCGCUGGACAUCAUUGAGGAGCGGAGGCGGAGUCAGGCGCUGGUGGGAGUGGCUGACGUGGAGGCAAACCUAUCGGAGGAGAAGCUACUGCAGGUGGACGUGACAGAAGCCGGGAAGCCCCUCCACCCUCUGCUGGCUCGAUCCUUCUCCACCAGAACUCGCAGGAGCAGUCAGGUGUCGUCCAUCUUCAACUUCCGUCUAAGGAGCCGUGGCUCAGAGGCAGAGAUGGCGGACGACGAGUACAGUGUUCCCGGCGAUGUGAUUGAGGGCGUCGGGGGACGGACGUACAGUGGCGGGACCUUCAGUGGCAUUCUGCCACACCCGUGGCCCAAACGACGACCCAGCACCUACAGCACCACCAGCAGGAGCUCACAGGUAUUUUAUCCCACUCUGAACAUCAACGGCAAGCUUUUUGUUGCCAUGGACCACAACGGGGUCUCGCCACCACCACUCCAGGGGCAGCUGCCUGCUUGCACCAUGGAGAAGGUCAAGGAGGAGAGUGUUCCCACCUCCACCACAGAGCUCAGCACCGUGCUGCUUCCUCAGCCUUCAUCCACGCACGGCUCUGAGCAGCGGGGGAGGGCGUUGAGUGCCGCCAGCCACCUCACGGACGCCAUGGAGGAACUGGAGGAGGCCCACAAGAAAUGUCACCCGUGCUGGUAUGUUUUCGCCCACCGUCACCUGGUGUGGGAGUGCUCCCCCUCCUGGCUGAAGCUGAAGCGACUGGUGAAGAUCAUGGUGAUGGACCCCUUCCUGGACCUGGCCAUCACAGUGUGUAUCGUCCUCAACACACUCUUCAUGGCCAUGGAACACUACCCCAUGACUGACGAAUUCAACGGCAUGCUGAGCAUCGGAAACCUGGUGUUCUCAGGAAUCUUCACGGCAGAGAUGGUUCUGAAGAUUAUCGCUCUGGAUCCGUACUACUACUUUCAGACGGGCUGGAACAUCUUCGACAGCAUCAUCGUGUGCCUCAGCCUCAUGGAGCUCGGCCUGUCCGACGUGGAGGGCCUCAGCGUGCUGCGCUCCUUUCGUCUGCUGCGUGUUUUCAAGCUGGCUCGCUCAUGGCCCACCCUCAACACCCUCAUCAAGAUCAUUGGGAACUCCAUGGGUGCUCUGGGCAACCUCACGCUGGUCCUCGCCAUCAUCGUCUUCAUCUUUGCCGUAGUUGGAAUGCAGCUCUUUGGAAAGAACUACCAGGACUGCGUGUGCAAGAUCUCCAAAGACUGCAAUCUUCCUCGCUGGCAUAUGAAGGACUUCUUCCACUCCUUCCUCAUCGUCUUCAGGGUGCUGUGCGGCGAGUGGAUUGAGACCAUGUGGGACUGCAUGGAGGUCGCAGGUCAGCCGCUGUGCAUCCUCGUCUUCAUGCUGGUCAUGGUCAUCGGAAACCUGGUGCUAUUGAACCUCUUCCUGGCGCUGCUCCUCAGCAGCUUCAGCUCUGACAACCUGUCAGCGCCUGAUGACGACGGCGAGAUGAACAACCUGCACAUCGCCAUCCACCGAAUAACCAGAGGCCUGGGCUGGUGCCGCACACAGGUGGUGGACUUCUUCAACGGAAACCUUAAGCGGCGCCGCCAGAAGCGAAAGGAGGCCAAAGCCAUGAUGAAGCUCAAACGUCUGAGCAGCAUCCACACAGAGGCAAACGGCGCCAUCAUAGGUACCGCACCCUUGUCUGACGCCGAGCUACACCUACAUGCCGCGCUCCUGAACCACAUGAAUUUUCCAGGCCGCCACGUGGAGAAGUACGUGGUGUCGGAGGACGACAGCUACAUGACCAACCCGAACCUGACCAUCAGUGUUCCCAUCGCCCCCGGAGAGUCAGAUGUGGAGUUCCCCGACGAGGACGAGGAGGAGGAUGACGAGGAGGUGGGCCAUGACGACCAGAGCGAGGACUCGGAGGAAGAGGAGGGAGACCAGCAGGAGAAAGACGACAUCAGCCUGUCGGAGGGCAGCACGGUUGACCUGAGGAAGCCCGGAGAGGAGGAAGACGAGUACUCGGAGAUGGCCGAAGAGGCGAUGGACCCCGAGAACUGCUUCCCCGACAUGUGUGUCUCCAGGUUCCAGUGUUGCGACGUGGACACGACGGCGGGUCUCGGGCAGGUGUGGUGGAGGAUGAGGAAGACGUGCUAUCAGAUUGUGGAGCACAGCUGGUUUGAGACCUUCAUCAUCUUCAUGAUCCUCCUCAGCUCGGGCGCGCUGGCCUUUGAGGAUAUCUACAUUGAGCAGAGGAAGGUGGUCAAGGUGGUGCUGGAAUACGCUGACAAGAUCUUCACGUACAUCUUCAUCUUGGAGAUGAUGCUCAAGUGGUUGGCGUACGGUUUCAAGAAGUACUUUACCAACUACUGGUGUUGGCUGGACUUCCUCAUUGUUGACGUGUCGCUGGUCAGCUUGGUGGCCAACACGCUGGGUUAUUCGGACUUUGCCGCCAUCAAGUCACUGCGAACGCUGCGUGCACUUCGACCCCUCAGAGCGCUCUCCAGGUUCGAAGGCAUGAGGGUGGUGGUCAACGCGCUGAUCGGCGCCAUCCCGUCCAUCAUGAACGUGCUGCUGGUCUGCCUCAUCUUCUGGCUCAUCUUCAGCAUCAUGGGCGUCAACCUGUUCGCAGGGAAGUUCGGACGCUGCGUCAACAGGACGGGGCACAUUUAUGACGCCGGCUUCAUCAACAACAAAUCGGAGUGCGAGGCGCUCAACGACACGUCGCUCUACUACUGGACCAAGGUCAAGGUCAACUUCGACAACGUGGGCGCCGGGUACCUGGCGCUCCUCCAAGUGGCCACCUUCAAAGGCUGGAUGGAGAUCAUGUACGCCGCGGUGGACUCGCGAGCCGUGGAGGAGCAGCCCAUCAAGGAGAUCAACCUGUACAUGUAUCUCUAUUUUGUCAUCUUCAUCAUCUUUGGCUCCUUUUUCACCCUCAACCUCUUCAUCGGCGUCAUUAUCGACAACUUCAACCAGCAGAAAAGAAAGUUAGGAGGACAGGACAUCUUCAUGACAGAGGAACAGAAGAAAUACUACAACGCCAUGAAGAAACUGGGUUCCAAGAAACCCCAGAAGCCCAUCCCCAGACCUCUGAACGACGUGCAGGGCUUCUUCUUCGACCUGGUGGGCAAGCAGGCCUUCGACAUCAUCAUCAUGGUGCUGAUCCUCCUCAACAUGAUCACCAUGAUGGUGGAAACGGACGAGCAGUCGCCGCAGAUGGAGCACAUCCUCAACAACAUCAACCUGGCCUUCAUCGUGGUCUUCACCGCCGAGUGCAUGGUGAAGAUCGUAGCGCUCCGGUGCUACUUCUUCACCGUGGGCUGGAACAUCUUCGACUUUGUGGUCGUCAUUCUAUCCAUCGUUGGCAUCGUGCUUGCUGACAUCAUCGAGAAGUACUUUGUGUCGCCGACCCUCUUCCGGGUGAUCCGACUGGCCCGCAUCGGGCGCAUCCUGCGUCUUAUCCGAGGCGCUAAGGGCAUCCGGACGCUGCUGUUCGCCCUCAUGAUGUCGCUGCCCGCCCUCUUCAACAUCGGGUUGCUCCUCUUCCUCGUCAUGUUUAUUUACGCUAUCUUCGGCAUGGCUAACUUCGCCUACGUCAAGCGGCAGGCGGGCAUCGACGACAUGUUCAACUUUGAGACGUUCGGGAACAGCAUGAUCUGCCUGUUCCAGAUCACCACGUCAGCCGGCUGGGACAGUCUGCUCAGUCCCAUCCUCAAUAACUCGCCCGAGGAGUGCAACCCCAACAUCCCGCACACGGGGACCACCCAGCGCGGGAACUGCGGGAACCCGUCAGUGGGCAUCACCUUCUUUGUCACCUACAUCAUCAUCUCCUUCCUCAUCGUGGUCAACAUGUACAUCGCCAUCAUCCUAGAGAACUUCAGCGUGGCCACAGAGGAGAGCACCGAGCCGCUGAGCGAGGACGACUUCGAGAUGUUCUACGAGGUUUGGGAGAAGUUCGACCCCGAGGCCACACAGUUCAUCGAGUACGCCAAACUGUCCGACUUCGCUGACUCGCUGUCGGAGCCGCUGCGCAUCGGGAAGCCCAACAAGAUCAAGCUGAUCUCCAUGGACCUGCCCAUGGUAAGCGGGGACAAGAUCCACUGCCUGGACAUCCUCUUCGCCUUCACCAAGCGCGUGCUGGGCGAGUCGGGCGAGAUGGACGCCCUCAAGCAGCAGAUGGAGGAGAAGUUUAUGAUGGCCAACCCAUCCAAGAUCUCCUACGAGCCCAUCACCACCACGCUCAGACGCAAGCAGGAGGACGUCUCGGCCGCUGUCAUCCAGCGCUGCUACCGCAGACAUCUGGUCAGGCGGCAGAUGAAGGCCGCCUCCUUCUUGUACCGCCAGAUCACCACUCCUCGCCACGCACGGACCAACGGCGAGGACGCUGGCGCAGAGAAGGAGGCGGAGUCAAGGGAGGAGGCGCCGGAGAAAGAGGGGCUGAUUGCCACCAUGAUCAGAGAGAACUACGGCUCCGGUCUGAUCGGGAUGGAGCGCUCGGAGACUGUCUCCUCCACCUCGUCGCCCCCCUCAUACAACAGCGUGACACGAGCCACACCAGACGUCUUUCACCCACUCGCUGCCAAGACGGAACCGAGCGGCAGCGAGCCGAGCGAACACUCGAGGACGGCAGUUGACAGACUGGAAGCGAUACCGUAGACACAAGAAGCAAAAAAUGUUCCGAACGACAACUUCCUGCUUUUGUUCACUGAAUGUAUGGUGGCCGAGGAGUGAGUAAACAUUUACUACCUGGAUAGAUACCUCCUGGCCCCUGCUGGUAGCUCCUGGAACUGCAGGGGUUUCUUCAAGGGCAAAAUCUGUCAACGUCGCCUUUUCUUGUGUGGACCUAAACAUUGAACCACCUCUGACUCCCAAGCACUAUAUCACUGAUGUAUCCUUCAUUUAUCUGCCAAGAGCAGCGUUAGCGACCUUAGCUAACUCGCCCGCUCGAGUGUUUGCGCUUGCCGCGGAGAGACAACAUGAGGAUAGGGGAUAUUUUGGUAGUAAAAGUAAAACUUUGUUGACCAGUCUUUUAAUAGCUGUACGAUUAUUACUAUUUUUUAUAUUUUUUACAGUAAGUUGAAAACAAAAAAGCUUUGCAGUUUGCUCCUGUGCAGCUGCAACGUUUGAAUGGACGAGAGGAAGACAACGCCAUCUUUUUCUUUUCCAGUUGUGCACUUUUUACGUCACCGGAAAAAAAAAAAAUUUUGGCAUCGUCACACAUUUACAAAAACAAGCUCGAAGAUCAAAUCACUCAAAUCCUUUUGGCUUUUGCUCUCAUUGUCACUUGCCUGUUGUUAACCUUCGUCAGUGGUGUUAGCACGGGCUGCCACGCACGUUUAACCAAAAUAGACUGCGGACGAAAAGGUGACAAUCAGCAACACUAGUUAUUUGGAAUUAUGCGCCUGGAAAAACCUACAUUCAUAUACAUCAGGGGUCACCAACGUUUUUUCUUGUGAGAGCUACUUUUACAAAAUGAAAAUGGCCACAGCUACUCAUUUUUGUAGAAAUGAUUUUCAUACCUUAUUUCAACCCAAACAAAUCAAAUAUGCUUAUUUUACCAAAACAUUCACAAAAUGCUGGUAUCCACAACUCACAUUUUAUGUUUCAGAAUACAUUGCUUUCUAGUGUUCUCACAUUAUUAACUGAAAACCUAAAUGAAAAGCAGGCCUGCGGGCGCCUCAUGUGGUCGUGGGGGCUACCUGGUGCCUGCGGGCACCACAUUGGUGACCCCUGAUAUACAUUCAAACACUGAUUUAUUCAUUCAUCAUGACCGCGCUCCUUAUUGUACUCUAUUGAACUACAUGAGGAAGCUUGUUAGUUGGGACAAAAGAGGCAAAGACGUCAAACGUUUAAAGUGUUGAAAGUGAAAGCAUGACGCAGGUUUUUCCACUUCCUCUUUCCCUAGCUAAAGUUUCAUUCCACAACAAAAAAACUAAAUAUUUGCACACAAGACAUCGAGUUCCUCCCAAAGAAAUGACACUGAAAGGUCAAGUCCUCGUCAAUUUAAUGUAUUUGUCUACUUAUUUAUUUAUUUAUGCGUACGUUUCGUGCUCCGUUUUAUACGAAGACACGGACGUGAUGCGCUUUUUUUUGCACAGAGACAAAAAACAAACAAGCGUGUGGAGCAAUAACGGUUAGCCGAGACCUCCGGAAGUCUACGUUUGAGAACACCACCACCUUUCUACCUUCCAGGGUCUUGUCGUCACUGUACGAUAAAACAGGAAAUGCACAAACGCGCUGGCGCCUCGACUGCCAGCGGUGGCUCUUCUUUGUGUCAAAGUGGUUCUGUUGUCCCGCCCACCUGAGGGGAUCUGUAAAAAAAGGAAAAUAGCGCCACCUGGACUUUUAUUUCUACUGUUGAAAGUAGAAGGUUCUUGCGUGUACAUAGUGGACAGGUGUGCGCUGUGAGCUGAAGGGCUGUUUUCAACUAGCAAUAGACCGCGAGUGUGCCUGCCACAACAACACUCCACGCCAUUGGUCGGCUGCUCAUGUGACCGCCUAAUGAGCUUCUGUCAUCUCUUGCUUUUUUUUUUUAAUAUGACGUUCUCAGUGACUCCGCCCACUUUCCCUCCUCCAUCCUUCUUGUCAACCAUGUGACCCCGCUUCUGAGCUGGCGAGCCUCAAAAACACGUGGUGUAAACAACUUGUAAAUGUGCUGCAGCUCCCCUGCUGGCAGCUAGUUGUUACUGCAUGUUAAACACAACUUGAUGACAUAAAUAUAAAGAAAAUAAAUAGAUUCUUAAAUAUUAAUAGUAAUAAACGUAUUACUUCAUGUCAUGUGCUCACACUAGCUUUUCAUGAAUGAAACAUUCAAAAAGAAACCAAGGAGAGGAGAACAACCGUUUAAGCACAUUUAUACUCGUCAGCCAAUAGGAAAGCUUUAAAAAGUGGCAGAAGGCCCGCCUCCGAGACGGUUGAUUGACUGCUUUCGCUUAAAAGUUCAGGAAGCUUGCAUCGUUUUUCCUUUCAUUUUCAGUAGUGAUCACAAUUACAUAAAGUCGAAUACACUGUAUGAAGAAUGAUGGAAGCUCCCAUCGUUUUUGUGCUGGUUCGACAGCCUAUUUGGUGUUAGACCUCCAUUUUCCUGUUCAAAAUUAAAGCUAUAGUACUACUUCUGUCCGGUAGGUGGCGGUCACGCACCUAUUGUCGCCGAUCAACCCAAAAGAAGAAGAGCUCGAAUAAACGCAAUACAAGCGCCACGUGUUCAAAAUGGAUGAUUAUUUGCUAUUUUAUCAUUACCACUUGGUGUCAGCGUGGUUUGUGAGCGUCAUAUCAGCGAUGCGGAGAACCUCAUAUCUCCAAAAAGUUGCCUUGUUGGUGACAGAGGGGUGUUGUUCGUACAUGGGGGGGCGGAGUCGUCUAUCCUGACGCCAUCUUGUGUCGCCGCCGAGUUUUUUUUGUUUGUUUGUUUUUGCCCGUUUUAGAAACUCUAAAGCCAAGUCACUCUAAAGGAGGUUCUGGAAAGACUAACUGAAUACAAAAAGAGUUACUACCGCUCUUUUGCCAGUAAAAUAUUGGAAGAAGGAGAAAGUUGUGCCUCAGUGACCCGCCCCCUCCUUUCCCACAGGUGUUUUAGAGACGAUAAUUAAUAAUUCUGAUGAUGAUGAAUACGAUAUAUAAACUUUUUAGUACUUUGAGUUGUAAUACUCUUUAGUAUUUUGCAAAUAAAUGUACUUAAAAGAAAAAAAACCCUGCUGUAAUAAACCAGAC